GUGCGAGCCCUGAGCGGGCUGCUCAGGGAGAGAGGGAGCUCCCUGUUACGGGAGGCAUCCGAGCAGAGAGAGGCAGGCCGGUACUUGGCCGGGAGGCUGCAGCGAGGCUCCCUGCCCGGGCUGGCAGCCCGCACGUCUAGGCCUCUGAGAAGCUCCUAGAGAGCUAAGUCCCGAGCGGGGCUGGCUGCAGAGGAGGCAGGCUGGGGUCAGAGCAAGGAUGCACAGACUUUCCCAUGUACCUUGCCCUGAGCUGAAUGGCAAAGGCACCGAGAUGGCUGGUGGAGCGCUUCUGUCACAAUGAGGCAGUGAGGGAGAGGAGCAGAGAAUGGGGAAAGAAGACAGAUUCCAGUCGACAAGGCGACAGGAUCAGAGCUGCUGAACAAGUGCAUCAAAGGUUCUGAUCGCUGCGGUCCCAGUCGCUGACCGGACGCGUCACAACCUUACCAGUCUUCAGAGAACACUCCUUUCCAUCCGACGAAAUGAUAGAACCCUCUGAAGACUCAUUUGAGACGAUGAUGGAGCGUAAGAAUCCAUCAUCAAAACAAAUGGAGUCCUCCGAGGGCUCAUCCAACACCACCGUGGAGACAUCAGGCAGCGGCGCGAGGGAGGCGGAGGGGCCGGCCAGGGGCCCGGCCCAAGAAAUCAAAGAGCUGCCCAUUGAUCUCCGCCAAGACAUGGAGGGGCCAUCCAGUGGCCCACGUAGGGAAAUAAAGGAUCCACCCAAUGACCUACUCCAAGACCUGGAGGAGUCACGCAAUGGUGCACGUCAGGAAGUGGGGGAUCCGUCCAGCGAGGCACCUGGCGGGAUGGAAGGAGCAUCAGACGACCCAUGGGGAGCCCAAGACGAAGAAGCCGACGACACUGACCUGGCCAGCGCGAGAGAGGAGGGGCCCCUCGAGGAGGAUUCCGAGACUUCGGAGUUCAUGGCCACGGUGAGAUCCAUCAUCUCGCUGUACCUCCGCAUGCAAGACCUCAGAGAGCAGCAAAGAGUGGCGGAAGAGAUCUUGAUGAAAGGAAUCCACGCAGGCCAACUGCCCGUCCCGUCCCGCUUCUCUGGCGAUCGCAGGGAAUACCACGAGUUCAUCGUGCUCUGCCAGCUGAUCCUGCAGAGCUACCCGAGAAUGUUCUGCAACGACCGGCUGCGAGUGGGGUACGUCAUCUGCCACCUCUCGGGCAUGGCCUUAGAGUGGGCCACAGCGCUGGUGCAAGAAGGCAGCCCCCUGAUCGACGACUUCCCGGCCUUCCUAGAGGCCAUGUCAGGUAUGUUCGAGUACCGACAGGCACUGCGUGUGGCGGAAGACGCCAUGUUCAACAUCAGGCAGGGGACUCGCACCGCCACGGAGUACAUCAACGAGUUCCAGGGCCUGGUACCCACCUUGGGCUGGUCGGAUGAAGUCCUGCAAGCCCACCUGUGCCAGGGGCUCAACGAGGAGAUCCGGCAUUAUCUGUUCAGGGUCCCUCAGCCGGGUUCGCUGGACAGCCUGAUCGCGCUCGUCCUGCAGAUCGAAGAGAAGCUGGCAGAGAGGAGGGCAAUGCUCAGGCUGCCCCCAGAGGCCCGCCCGCGGAACCCGACCUGGGUCGACUCACCUGCCCCAGAGAGGUGGAUGGUGAGCAGCUGGCUGUCCCGUGACCGCCGCCCCGUCAUCAGCCGCGACCAUCUCUUCAUGCUGCUCCUGAUCAGAGUGAACCCCUACCACAGUGUCGCGGUUCAGGCCCUGGUGGACUCGGGGGCAGGCGGCAACUACAUGGAUGAGAGGUUUGCCCAAGAGCACUACGUCGAGCUCUACGAGAAGCCCUAUCCGCAGAUGGUCCAAAGCGUGGACGGCUCGCUGGUCGGCAACGAACCUGUCUGGCUCCACACGGAGCCCCUGGUGUGCAUUCACCAGAACCACCAGGAGCCCAUCGAAUUCGACAUCGUUCCGUCCCCCAACUUCUCCGUGAUACUAGGCGUCAACUGGCUCAGGACCCACAGCCCCGAAGUCGACUGGAUCAAAGGCCGCUGCACCUUCCACUCUCCCUACUGUCUGCAGAAGUGCUUCCGCCCGCCCCCGCCAUGCAUCGCGCUGGAAAGACAUGCUAUCAGCCUGCUGCCCGGACUGCCGCCCCUGUACUCCGACCUGGCCGACGUGUUUAACCCGAAGGAAGCAGAUGAUGAGACUUCCGACCAGCCAAGCUCAGACGGAUCCGAUGAUCUUUCUGAAUCAGAGCCCUCUGAGCUUCAGCAGGCUGGAGACAGUGAUCACAGCGAGACCUUUUACGAAUGUCCUUCCAUCGCGCCGUGGGAACCUGUGGGUGCCAGGGUGCAAGAAAGUGCCAGGCCGCGGGAUGAAUACUGGGACCCGCAGGACAUGCUGACCAACAGACAGGACUACGUACAGAUGAUCCCAGAACUGUUCGACCAGUUACACGGAGCGACAUGGUUCACAAAGCUGGAGCUGCGGGGCACCAUCGUGGAGGAAAGCGCGAGCAUUCGCCAAGCGGAAGAUGUAUGGAGAACGGCGUUUGGUUUCGAGCCUCAAGAGACAGAGAGUUACCAGCCCUUCCCGCUAUCCUCAGACCCUACCAUCCCGCAGGACGUGGUCCACUUUAUCCUAAAGGACAUGCUAGGCUACUUCGUGCUCUCCUACGGGCAGGACGUCCUGAUCUACUCCAUGAGCCAGGAGGAGCACUUCCAACACGUGCGACAAGUCCUGGUCCGUUUCCGCCACCACCGCGUCUACUGCUCCCUGGACAGAAGCCAGUUCCACCGACACACCGUCGAGUUCCUGGGGUUCGUCAUAACCCCCAAAGGGGUGAAGCUAAACAAGAGGAUUGUGACCACCGUGACAGGCUACCCCACCCCUGGCUCUAAGAAGUCCCUGCAACACCUGAUCGAAUUCAUCUUCCCCUACCGGCACUUUGUGGAGCGCUUCACCACCAUCGCGGAGCCGCUGGCCCGGCAGCUGCUGACCAGCGACGCGUUCUCCUGGGGGGACGAGGAGCAGGAGGCCUUCGAGUGCCUGAAGCGGGCUUUCCGCAAGGCGCCCCUCCUGCACCACCCCAAGCCGCAGAACCCCUUCUACUUGGAAACAGGAGCCACCAAGACGGCUCUGCACGCCUCCCUCGUCCAAAUAGACGACCAAACCGGCAAGAGGGUCUCCUGCGCCUUCUACUCGCGCAACAUCUCGGCUAUCGAAGUGGCCUACUCUCAACUGGAGAUGAAGAUCCUUCCAAUAAGGGCUGCCUUCACGGUAUGGUGCCGCUACCUGGAGAACACCGAGGAGCCCAUCAUGAUCCUUCUCAACACAGAGGAUCUAGCCUCUCUGAAUAAUGACAGGCUCACCGUACUUCUCCCCGGCCAUUGGGUCUUCUUCUUCUCACACUUCCACUUCGACGUCAUGGAGCGCCCCGAGCAAGACGGGGGCCGGCCUCUGCCGCCCGCGAGAAACCUCAACCGACGGCCUUUCCGGCGCAACACCGCCGCCCGGGCAAGGCCGCCGUUCGCGACGGGGGGCGCCCCCCGGGGGCAGUCACUAGACUCCGGGGGGGAGGAGGAGGAGGAGGAGGAGGAGGAGGAGAACGAAGACGCACCUAAGCAGGACGCGCCGACCGGGCGGAACCUGCAGCAAGAGUUCCUGGCCCUGAUACCCAUCGACCAAAUCCUCAACAGCUUCCUCGCCCACUUCAGCGUGGCCCAGAUCAGGGCGGUCCUUCUGCAUUUCUUCCGAGGCCUCCUGUUCUGGAAGGACACCCUGGCCGUGGCGGCCCUCCUCGUGCUGCUGAGGCUGAAGCGCCGCCUCUCCCCGCGGCCCGCCCCCCCGGCGCUGGCCCGGCCCCCCAGGCGCUGGCUGCGCCUCGGCCAGGCCGCGGCCCUCUUCGCGGGCAGCGGCAUCGCCACCGCCGCGGCUCAGCUCCUCGCCCAGGUGCCCCGCCCCGUGGGCACCAGCGCCGUCCCGGCCGAGGAGCUGGGCGGGCUGCUCCCGGGCCCCCAGCGGGCCCUGCGCCCCCUGACCCUCCGGGGCCUGCGGUUCGCGCCCGGCUUCUGGCUGAUGCUGUGCGAGUCCUUCGGGGUCAGAGUCGGCCCCCCGGGGGGCGCCCGCCCCCUCCCGGGAGGGCCCUGCCACCUGGAGCUGCACGUCGGCGAUGAGGAUGUCGUCUCGCGAGAAGCCCUGCAAGACGACCUGCAACGUUACCGUCAGUGUGGCCUGCAUGACGGCCUGCAAGACACCUCGCAGGACGAGCCGGAGAGCGACGUGCGCGAGGCGGCCCUGCGGCCCCGCCGACACCUGCCCGCGCCCUCUGAGGUCCUCGCCUUCCUGAGCCGACAGCUGCCCGGGGCCCUCUGCGGCGCCGGCGGGCGGCCCACCCCCCUGGGCCAGGAGCAGGCGGCCAGGGCCCUGAUCCGCUUUCUGACCGCCGUCUACACGCCGGCGGGCCAGCCCCGGGAGGGCGCGAGGCUGGAGGAGCCGCCGGCUGGCGAGGACGACGCGAGCCCCGAGUGAAGCCCUCCGCUCCUCCGCCCCGCGCCCGACCACCACCACCGAGUCUCCUUCCGGCCUUCCCUGUGCCUCGGCCUGCUUCGCUCGCAUCCGGCGACGGCCCCCGCCCCACUCUUGCCACUCCUGACCCAAGGGGAACCCCCUCGAGAAGGGCAAACAUUUCGAGAAGGGCGGCAUCGUCUGUGGCAACAGCAACGGGCUAUCCAACCAUCAGAGACCCAGAGAGCCGGCUCAGGGCCGCACAACCACAGUCCCGUCUGAACUGCCCGGGUCCCAGGCUUGCAGCCGGGAGUGACGUCAAUGAGGGAGACAGCAGUGGUGAGCAGACGACCCCAUGACCCAAGGCCAGGUGAAGACUCAGGCACAGCAGAC